AAUGGGCUCGCGGGAUGGGCGGCGGCCGGGGUAUAAAAGCGCCGCCCCACGCGGCAUGCUUCAGUCUCACCUGGGGAGCUCGGAGUGGAGCGGUGCGGUUACGGAGGAGGAGCGGAACACGAGCGGCAAAAUGUGCGACAAACCGGACCUGUCGGAAGUGGAGAAAUUCGAUAAGAAGAAGCUGAAAAAGACCAACACGGAGGAGAAGAACACGCUGCCCUCCAAGGAGACCAUCGAGCAGGAGAAGGAAUGCGUGAAGUCUUCCUAGAGCGAUGGUCUGGCAGGAAGAGCCACCACUUGAUUGGUUUUUGUUUUUUGUUUUUCUUUUCUAUGAAUUAAAUCAUCUGUUUUUUGUGGGUUUUUUUUUUUUAAACUUCCAUCAUGUACACGUCUAGAAAACAGCCGUAUCGUCUGACCCACUGCCCCGCCUCGCUGGCAGCUUUGGUGAGUGGGGGACACAAAGUGUGGCCCCCCGAUCCAUCAGCCCAACCCAACCCCAUGGGUGCUGCCCAGCUGAUGCCUGCUGACCGUGCUGACCUUGCUCUGGUGCGUGGGGAGGUGAGCAAAGGCUGCGGAGGCUCCUGGGGACAGAGCUCUGCACUGGGGGAGUGGGAUCCUUUCUGGCCACCCUGUGGCCUCGAUGUCAUCCUUUUUGCUGAUGGUGUUCUGUAACCUCACUCACAAUUUGUCUUCCUUGGGGAAAAAUGAGAAGUUUAUUAUAAAAUAAAACAAAAGUAUAACAA